AUGUCUGAGGAGACCCAAGUUACGAUAAGGAAGGCUGGAAGAGAUGAGGUUGAUUUCAUUUUAAGUGGAGUUGAUCUUUCUCUGGCCAACUCAUUGAGGAGAACAAUGUUGGCUGAGGUGCCCACCUUGGCGGUGGACUUGGUAGAGAUCAAGAUCAACACAUCUGUUUUGUCGGACGAGUUCUUGUCGCAUAGGCUGGGACUGGUUCCCUUGGAGAGCGAGGAAAUCGAUAAGCUCAAGUACACCAGGGACUGCACGUGUGAGGAGUACUGCGAUCAGUGUUCUGUUGUGCUGGAAUUGAAGGCGCGAUGCGACAGCGAUCAAACCAUGAACGUAUACUCAACAGCGUUAGUUCCAACUAAUGGAGCUACUGGUUUGUCUCUUGGCCAACCUGUUAUCAGAGAGGUUGACAGAAACGGUAUCCUGCUUUGUAAGCUGAAGCGCUACCAGGAACUGGAUAUCAGAUGCAUUGCCAAGAAGGGCAUUGCCAAGGAGCACGCAAAGUGGUCGCCUUGUUCUGCAAUUGGUUUUGAGUACGACCCUUGGAACAAGCUCAAGCACACCGACCUAUGGUACGAAGAAGACGUCGAGGCCGAAUGGCCAGCCAGUUCAAACCGUGACUGGGAAGAGCCCCCGGUGCCGGAUGCAAAGUUCGAUUACGCGGCUAAGCCGGACAAGUUCUACUUCAACGUGGAAACUGUUGGUUCGCUGAAGCCAAACGAGGUGGUGAACAAGGGCAUAAUCGAGCUUCAAAACAAGAUUGCCAACAUUGUAAUGGAACUCCGCCAGUUCGACAGAUCCAGAAAUGGCCAGGCAAAUGGAAGUGGAGCGGAGACCAAUUAUGGCGGGGAGACCAACUAUGGAACCGCCUAUGCUGCCAAUACGGACUAUGGCAAUGGCACAGGCGGGUUGACGAACUAUGGUAAUGGCAGUGCCACCCCAUGGUAA